CUCCCUCCCUCCGUUUCUUCCUCUCUUCCUCUCUCCCUCUCUGUUCCAGUGUCAGUUACUUACUUAACUCACUCAGUCACUUGGGCACUCACUCUCUCACUCACUCACUCCCGUCCCCUUCCCCCUCCCUUCCUCUCCCCUCCCCCUCUCCGUCAAGCUCCUUCCUCCUCCGCCUCCUCGGCUCUCGGGCUAGAAUAUCUAUGGGUCGAAACGUGAUGCGAUGAAUCCGAGAGCGAGCGAAACUGGGACGCAGAGUGUGGCGGAAGCGGCGGGACUCCAGGGCAUGGGGGCUUCACCACAAUAGAGGCCCAGCUCCCCCCCGCCGCCCCCCACCCCCCCUCGCAGCUCCUACGGGGCGAAAUCCCCCAAAUCCCUUCGGGAAAAGGAUGGCGGCGGCACCUACCCAGAUCGAAGCUGAACUGUAUUACCUGAUCGCCCGAUUCUUGCAGUCCGGACCCUGCAACAAAUCCGCACAGGUGCUAGUGCAGGAGCUCGAGGAGCAUCAGCUGAUUCCACGCCGCUUAGACUGGGAGGGGAAGGAGCAUCGGAGAAGCUUCGAGGAUCUGGUGGCAGCCAAUGCACAUAUUCCUCCAGACUACCUCCUUAAAAUUUGUGAGAGAAUUGGUCCAUUACUAGAUAAGGAGAUACCUCAGAGUGUUCCUGGGGUGCACACAUUAUUAGGUGUUGGUCGGCAGUCUCUGUUACGGGAUGCUAAAGACUGUAAAAGUACACUAUGGAAUGGGUCUGCUUUUGCAGCUCUCCAUAGAGGCAGACCUCCAGAACUACCUGUAAAUUAUGUGAAACCUCCAAAUGUGGUGAAUAUCACCUCUGCCCGACAAUUAACUGGAUGUAGUCGCUUCAGCCAUAUUUUCCCUUCGUCCGCUUACCAGCACAUUAAGAUGCAUAAGAGAAUUCUGGGGCAUCUAUCCUCCGUCUACUGUGUAGCAUUUGACCGAAGCGGGAGAAGAAUUUUCACUGGUUCCGACGACUGUUUGGUGAAAAUUUGGGCUACAGAUGAUGGACGCCUCCUUGCUACACUUCGUGGACAUUCAGCUGAAAUUUCUGACAUGGCUGUUAACUAUGAAAAUACUCUCAUUGCCGCAGGCAGCUGUGAUAAGGUUGUAAGAGUGUGGUGUCUUCGAACUUGCGCACCAGUCGCUGUGCUUCAGGGACAUUCGGCUUCUAUUACUUCAAUACAGUUUUGUCCAUCAACUAAAGGCACAACUAGAUACCUCACUUCUACUGGUGCAGAUGGCACGAUCUGCUUUUGGCAAUGGCAUGUAAAAACAAUGAAGUUCAGAGAUCGCCCAGUGAAAUUUACAGAGCGAUCCAGACCUGGAGUACAGAUAUCUUGCUCAUCUUUCAGUUCUGGUGGUAUGUUCAUUACAACAGGUAGCACGGACCAUGUAAUUAGGAUAUAUUAUUUGGGUUCUGAGAUUCCUGAGAAAAUUGCUGAAUUAGAGUCACAUACGGACAAGGUUGUUGCUGUUCAAUUCUGUAACAAUGGAGACAGUUUAAGAUUUGUUAGUGGGAGUCGAGAUGGAACAGCAAGAAUUUGGCAGUAUCAGCAACAAGAAUGGAAAAGUAUAGUGCUAGAUAUGGCUACUAAAAUGACUGGGAAUAAUUUGCCAUCUGGUGAAGACAAGGCUACUAAACUUAAGGUGACUAUGGUUGCCUGGGAUCGCUAUGACACCACAGUUAUUACUGCAGUGAACAAUUUUCUUUUGAAAGUAUGGAAUUCUUUCACGGGGCAACUUAUUCAUACUUUAUCUGGACAUGAUGAUGAAGUAUUUGUUUUGGAAGCACAUCCUUUUGAUCAACGGAUCAUACUUUCAGCAGGUCAUGAUGGGAACAUUUUCAUUUGGGACCUUGACCAGGGCACCAAGAUUAGGAAUUAUUUUAACAUGAUCGAAGGCCAAGGACAUGGUGCAGUGUUUGACUGUAAAUUUUCUCCGGAUGGAAACCAUUUUGCUUGCACAGAUUCUCAUGGGCAUUUGCUGCUUUUUGGUUUUGGAUGCAGUAAAUACUACGAAAAGAUUCCAGAUCAGAUGUUCUUCCACACGGAUUAUCGACCUCUUAUUCGUGAUGCCAACAACUAUGUAUUGGAUGAACAAACCCAACAAGCUCCUCACCUUAUGCCUCCCCCGUUCUUAGUGGAUGUUGAUGGAAAUCCUCAUCCCACAAAAUUCCAAAGAUUAGUACCAGGACGGGAAAAUUGUAAAGAUGAACAACUUGUACCACAGCUGGGAUAUGUAGCUAAUGGUGAUGGUGAAGUAGUAGAACAGGUAAUUGGGCAACAAACUAAUGAUCAAGAUGAGAGCAUUCUUGAUGGAAUUAUCAGGGAACUACAAAGAGAACAAGACCUGAGACUAAUUAAUGAAGGAGAAGUUCUUCAUUUUCCAAUUAAUAGAUCAUAUUCAUCUAAUGGUGCUCAGAGAAAUCCAAAUCUGGAUAUAUCUUCCCCAAAUAUUGGGCUCCGACGUAGUGGUCAAAUUGAAGGUGUCCGACAAAUGCAUAACAAUGCUCCUCGGAGCCAGAUGGCGACUGAAAGAGAUCUCAUGGCAUGGAGUAGAAGAGUAGUUGUCAACGAACUAAAUAAUGGUGUUAGUAGAGUUCAGGAAGAAUGCCGAACUUCAAAAGGUGACAUAGAAAUAAGUCUUUAUACAGUUGAAAAGAAGAAAAAACCAUCUUAUGUUAUCCUGAGGAAUGAUCUCCAACCUAGCUAUGGGCGGUCUUUACGAAGGACACAGCGUAAACGCCAGCAUACUUACCAAACACGCUCCAAUAUAGACCAUAAUUCACAAACAUCAAGUCAAAAUUCAGGUGUACAGGAUGACUUAGACAGCUCCUCAGAAGAGGAUGAAACAGUGGGCACAAGUGAUGCUUCUGUGGAGGAUCCUGUUAUGGAAUGGCAAAGCGAAAGUUCUUCCAGUGAUUCCUCAAGUGAGUAUUCCGAUUGGACAGCAGAUGCUGGAAUAAAUUUGCAGCCACCAAAACGGCAAACCAGACAGACAACACGGAAAUGCAGCACCUCUGAGGAUGAGAAUUUGAAGUCAUUAGAGGAACGGCAAAGGAAAUCUAAACAGACUAAAAAGAAGAGAGGAGGACUGGUUUCUAUGGCAGGUGAGCCCAAUGAAGAAUGGUGUGCCCCUCAGUGGAUCUUGGAUACUAUACCACGCCGUUCCCCAUUUGUCCCACAGAUGGGAGAUGAGCUUAUUUAUUUUAGGCAAGGACAUGAGGCUUAUGUGAGAGCUGUAAGGAAAUCAAAAAUAUACAGUGUUAAUUUACAAAAACAGCCGUGGAACAAAAUGGAUCUCAGGGAACAAGAAUUUGUAAAGAUUGUAGGAAUCAAAUAUGAGGUUGGGCCACCUACACUGUGCUGCUUGAAGCUUGCAUUUCUGGACCCCAUUUCAGGAAAAAUGACUGGAGAAUCAUUUUCUAUAAAAUAUCAUGACAUGCCAGAUGUCAUUGACUUUCUUGUACUACAUCAAUUUUAUAAUGAAGCCAAAGAGCGGAAUUGGCAGAUUGGUGACAGAUUUCGAAGUAUAAUAGAUGAUGCCUGGUGGUUUGGAACCGUGGAGAGUCAGCAGCCUUUCCAGCCAGAGUAUCCUGAUAGCUCUUUUCAGUGUUAUAGUGUCCACUGGGACAAUAACGAGAGAGAAAAAAUGAGUCCGUGGGAUAUGGAACCAAUUCCUGAAGGAACUGCCUUUCCAGAAGAAGUUGGUGCUGGAGUUCCUGUAUCCCAGGAUGAACUGACAGCUUUGCUAUACAAACCCCAAGAAGGAGAGUGGGGGGUUCAUUCCAGAGAUGAGGAAUGUGAACGGGUCAUUCAGGGCAUUAACCACCUUCUUUCCUUGGAUUUUGCCAGCCCAUUUGCUGUUCCAGUGGAUCUUAGUGCCUAUCCCUUAUAUUGCACUGUAGUUGCUUAUCCAACUGACCUCAACACCAUCAGGCGCAGACUUGAAAAUCGAUUCUACAGGAGAAUAUCAGCAUUAAUGUGGGAGGUGCGCUACAUUGAGCAUAAUGCCAGGACUUUCAAUGAGCCAGAUAGUCCCAUAGUUAAAGCAGCCAAAAUUGUAACUGAUGUCUUACUUCGGUUUAUUGGGGAUCAGAGCUGUACUGAUAUAUUGGAUACUUAUAAUAAAAUUAAAGUUGAAGAACUAAACAGUACUGAUGCAGAAGAGUUUACAUCCCCACUAAGGGACGCAGAAAUGCUUGAUUUAGAUUCAGAUGGCCCGGGUACUUCAUCUGGAAGAAGAGCAAAAUGCCGAGGCGGAAAACAGACUUUGAAGUGUAAUCCCAAUGCUUGGAGGAAACAGUGCAAAGAGCUGUUAAGCCUCAUUUAUGAACGUGAAGACUCAGAGCCAUUUCGACAGCCGACUGACCAUCUUUCUUUUCUGGGUCAUCAAGGGCAAGAUGGAGAAACCUCAGAGUCAGUGAUUCCAGAAAGACAGCCAAAUUCAUCUGUCUCUGAGGAUUAUCAAGAUGCUAUAGACACUCCUAUGGACUUCAGCACUGUGAAAGAAAUUUUGGAAGCGGGAAACUACAGUAGUCCUCUGGAAUUUUAUAAGGACGUUCGCCAAAUAUUCAGCAACUCCAAAGCGUAUACCUCUAAUAAAAAGUCAAGGAUCUAUAGUAUGACACUGCGAUUGUCUGCCUUAUUUGAAAGUCAUAUUAAAAAUAUCAUCUCUGAAUAUAAGUCAGCAUUCCAGAGUCAAAAGAGAAGAAAACCACGAUAUAGAAAACGAUUAAGAAGCAGUAGCAGUUCUCGAUCCAGUAGCCGAGCUCCUAGUCCAAAAGGGAAACAGAAGCAAAUGAAGUUGCAACCUAAAAAUGACCAGAAUACCUCAAUAUCUUGUGCCAGGACUAGCUCUCCUUUCUCAUCUCCUGAUGCUGCUGAGGGGCUUUCACUGUAUCUACUUGAUGAUGAUAUAGAUGGCCCAUUUUCUUCGUCGAGUUUCAGUGGAUAUAGCCGAAGUGGAAAUAGCCAAGACCCGGGGAAAGCCAAAUCAUUUCGUAAUAGAACGUCACCAAUUAAACAAGAUCACUCGCUUGAUGGAUUGGAUCACUCCCUUACAAAUGGCGAUGGCAGAGAGCCCCGGACAGGUGUCAAAAGGAAACUGGUCCUUGUGUCUGAAGAAGAUGAAAGCAUAGGACAAGAAGAGAAAGAGAAGAAAGAAACAAAAGAGAAAUCACAUUUAUCCUCCUCAGAAAGUGGUGAAUUAGGAUCUAGUUUAAGUUCGGAAAGUACCUGUGGUUCUGAUUCCGACUCCGAAUCAACUUCAAGAACAGAUCAAGAUUAUGUAGAUGGAGACCACGACUAUAGUAAAUUCAUACAGACCAGACCCAAAAGAAAACUCAGAAAACAAUAUGCCAAUGGAAAAAGAAACUGGAAGAGGAGAGGCAUGGGAGGAAGGGGCAGAUGGGGCAGAUGGGGUAGAUGGAGUAGAGGAGGCAGAGGAAGAGGAGGCAGAGGACGAGGGGGUCGAGGAAGAGGUGGAGGUGGCACUAGGGGAAGAGGGAGAGGAAGAGGAGGACGAGGUUCUUCUAGAGGAGCCACCAGAGCCAAACGUGUACGUACUGCCGACGAUGAAUUUGAUACGUUAUUUUCAGGACGUUUCAGUAGACUGCCUCGAAUUAAAACAAGGAACCAAGGCAGGAGGACUGUUUUAUAUAAUGAUGAUUCUGACAACGAUAAUUUUGUGUCUACUGAAGAUCCUCUGAAUCUUGGUACAUCCAGAUCAGGCAGAGUACGUAAAAUGACAGAAAAAGCCAGGGUUAGUCAUCUCAUGGGAUGGAAUUAUUAACAAUUAAUAAAUGUAUACUAAUUUAAAAAAUUCAAUGGCCUUCUACUGCAGGGAAUUUACCAGGAAAUUUACAAAGCAAGUUGUGUGGGGACUUCCAAUUCCUUUCACAUUGGUGCUUUUCCAUAAUUCCAGUAUAAGUGUGUUUCAAGACUUUAAACCUCCACACUUCCAUUUAUUCAAAUAAGCCUUACUCAUUAGGCCUUAAAUAAAAAGAAAAUCUGCCCGCACACACAUACACACACACACACACACACAUACACACACACUACAGAUUUACUAUAUAAAGGAGCAUUCGGCUUCUUAAGAGUAGCAUGACAUUUUUAUCUCAAUUGAAUAUCCCUCUUUUGCUUUUAUAACAUAGGAGUUUAGCAUCUUCUUAAAGAGUUUUAUAUAAUUUGUUUUUGCCAUUUUGAUUCCUGUACCCAGUAAUAACUUUUGCACAAUACACCAAUCCUAAAGGCAGCUAUUAAAUGUUUACACUUUCUAUAUUGUUAGAACGAUCUGGAUUAUUUUAUUCUUCCCAGGCCAAACUUUCAUGCAUUGUACUAAACUGAAGUAUAUAUUUAUACUACAGUUUUUUGGGGGGUGGGGGAAAUCUUGAUAUGCUUUUAAUUGAUUUGCUUAACUCAUAUUAAAGAUGAGAAAGGGUUGGUGCCUUGUAAAUAUGUAGCUGAUGUUUGUAGUGUAUUCUGAUGUGUGCAUUAACUUUAUUUAAAAAAGAAUACUUGAGGUAACAAUUUAGACAAGGUGCCAAAUGCAAAAGUUUCUUGCAUCCAUUUUCCUUUAUAUUUUAUUGCAUUAAUAGAGCUUGUGUAACAUAAAAAAUAACUUAAAUAUUUGAAAAAUCCUCAUCCACAAAGUAUACUUCUCUAAAUAGUAGCUCAGCUACCUCUUUUAACUAUAACUACUGGAAACAUUAAGGAAAAUAGAUGCUCUUAUUCAUUACUAAGGAGAAGUAGAACAAACUUGGUAGGAAUGAAUACCCCUAAAUUAUAAGCUGGAGGUUGUUAAUAAAUCAUAUGUGCUCUCAAAUUAAUGAUCAUAAUUAACAAACUUUCAUAAGUAUAGUAUGCUCUAUCUUAGAUUUUUCUUAAAACUUUUUUAAGUAUACCUGGGCAACUGCUUAUGUAUCUGCGCUACCAAUAUUUAACAUCUGUAAAUGACUGGCUUUCAAAUGAAUUUUAAGUGUCACCAAGCACCUAGUUUGAGUUGGAAUGUUUUGGCUAGCUCAUAUUUUGGAUGAACUAUAAUGGGUUCUGUUUAUACCAUUCCAAAGGAGUCAUCUGUUAUAAUUUUUCAGAAAGAAACCUUAUUGCACUGCACACUGGUAUUUUGAGUCAUUAUUUUAUAGAUUUUUUAAAAGUCUUUAAAAUCCUUAGAGUCUUGUUUACAGCAAUAGAGUGCACAUAGUUCCGUAAGUGAACUUGACUUCCAAGAUCAGUUUUACUCUUCAAAUUUGAGAGAUUGUAAAUUUGCUGAUUUGUUAGCUACAUAGUUUUUUGUUUGUUUUGGUAAGAGAAAUAAUAUUGAUCUGGUUUUUGUUUAUGUUGUUAUUUGGGUAAUAGAUUUGUUGCACUUAGAUCAGACUUGUGGGAUAAAUGAAACUUCUUAAUGUAUGCCCACUAAUCUUGAGUAUUUUUAAGGUAAUGUGUUUUAUGUUCUCAAUCAUAUAUUGAAUCUGAAGAUCCUUAAGUGCAGAGAAAGGAGAAAACACAUAACUUUUGCUUUUUUGGUUGGCUCAGUUAGGGGUUAUUCUAAGACUAACACUGUUUUACAGUUUUCACUUGCAGUAAAAAUGAUGUUCAGGCUUUAAGUUUUGUGAAUUUUAAUGGCACUAACUUCUAUUACUAGAUAAAUAGAUCAAGCUAAUUUUUUAUUGAAUCCUUUUUUCCAAAAGGAAGUCAAAACUAUUUCUGGUUGUAACUCAGCUGCCACAUUCAGCCAUAGUGUAAAUUAUAUAAAAAUCUUAUUUGAGAUUCUCUAUUUGAUUUUACUAAAAUAUACUUUCAGUUAUUCAUCUCUUGGGAAUUUAGACCAAAUUUAUACCUCUGUUUUCUGAGAAUCACUAAGACCUUGGCAUAUCCUAAUCAAAGUAAUAUAGUUAUUUAUAUUCUUGGAUAUUCCCAAAUAUGCAAAAUGUGUCUUAUUAGUAUGGAUCACUUUUAUUGGUAUUUAAGCUGACAUCUUGAAAUGUAGAUGAAUUGCCAUUUGUGUGAUUUUACUUAUAUCAAGCUUUAUUUAUAAUUUAUUUUGAAAAAUAAAAAUGCCACAUUUAUUUCCCAAAUGUCAAGAUUUUCUAGGUUUAGGUAAUUAGAAUAAGACUGAAGGCAUUUUAAAGCAUAUUUUAUAUGUAGUAAAAUACUGUGAAAAUACUAGUGAGCAGCAUUUUUUUUAAUGUUGAGUUUAGUUAUUAGGAUUUAAAGAGUUAGUAAACAGGGUAUGUUAGAUGAGUAUAGUUCUCAUUUAUUACAGAACAAACAGAUCAUUUUCUGUUUGCAUGCAAAUUAUUUUAGUAAGUAUGAAAAUUAAGUUUGAAAGAUAAUAUUUUUACUUUUGUACCUGGACUCUUCCCUCCCAGACUCUCAGCUAAUUUGUACUUUGAUCUCUUUUUGGUAACACUGCCUCUUAUGAAUGUGUUUUAAUGUGUAUCACAUUGACUAAAGGGUCACUUAGUUUUGUAGAGACCCUUUAAACCAAAAGAAGAUCUGGGCUCAGUUAUAACAAGGCAGGUAAUAAGUGAGCUAAAAAUUUUGGAGAAAAAUCUAAAUUUUAAAUUAAUUGCUAAGAAAAAAAAACAGUACGUAUUCUAUAUGUCCAGGAGAGCACACACAUGUAUAAGCCUAAUAUCAUGCUGUUUAUUAAUAAUAAGUGACCUGUAUUUUUUCUCAAAAUGCUAAUAAUAUUUUAAUUCACAGCUAAAGACCUAGCAUUGUAUAUGUUUAUGAAAAGAGAAUUGUGUGUUUCCUCUGUGGCUUACUGUAUGUCUCUUACAGCAAUAGUAUGCUCUCCAAAGCAUUCACUAGCCUGUUAGCUUAAUGAUUAAAUUUAUUGUGUGUGUGUACACACACUUGUGUGUAUGUGUGUUUUUUUUCAAUUUGACAGACUUCAUUUCAGACAUUAAAAUUUUUGUAUGUAAAAGAACUUUCACUCUACCAAUUAUUUGACUCUUAUAAAGUGCUUAGUCUAUAGAUAUAGAACUUGAUCAUCUAUUUCAUAAUGCCUUCUAAACAGUGUAGGUGUGGCCUUUAACCUAUAUACCCAUGUUCUUUUUAAAAUUUUUGACCUUAUUUUAUGUUCCUUUUUGUUUCCCUUUUCAGAAAUCAGGAUUGUGGUAUAAUUCUCCAUUUUUGUUUCACCUCUAACUUAUGAAGUCAAGUAAAAUUUCUAAAUUUUAUUUUGCACGAAUAUGUGUUUAGCCUCUAACCUAUUACUUCAAAAUAACUUUGACUUAUCUCUUUUGUUAUAAUUCUGUGAAUUAAAUUUAGAUGGUAAUAGUAUUUGAAAGUGAAAGAUGUUAAUGCCACUUCCAAAUAUUUCACAGAGACACAUAUCUAAGUUUUUGAUUAAAAUAUUUUGAGCAUUUUUAAUAAUUUUUAUUUAAGUAUUGAUUAAUAGUCUAUUACUUGCUAAUUUAGCAUGAGAAUUCUUAAGCACACAUAGCAGCUGGUACUUUUCUUUAAAGUUGAAAUUUUCAUACCCACAAAAGACCUUCAUUCUGUAUAAUUUCCAGCAUAUUUUGGUGUCUAACCUUUUAAAUAAUUACCAGCAUUUGAGUCCUGAAUAUCUAAUAGUUUUCACUUGGAGGAUGGGAUGGCAUGUUUGACAUUAACAUUCAUGAUCUUAAAUGUUAGUCUCCAUACCCAGCAUUUUUGUGGUGCAUGAAGCUUUUUGAAAUUUUUAUUAAAUAAAAUACUCUUUGAUCAGUGUUUCUCAACCUUCUUUGCAAUCAAGACUUCCUUUCUGACCUUGUUUCCUUCCUGCAUAUCUCCCGCCCCGCCAUCCUACUGGUUGGCUUCCUAAUCUCAUUCCAUGGUCCUCUUGAGGACCCACAGGGGGCCCAAGGCCCUCAGUUGAGAAAUACUGCUAUAAGAUCACUUGUAAGGCUUGUUUUAAUAUAUAAUGUGAAAACAUGUUCUUGCAUUUUUGCUUUUUACAUCUUAGUAAAGUUUCUUUUCCAUGAUUCAGCUACCAAGUUUUAUUUCAAUCCUAACAUAAUCUUAAUCUUUUUUCAUGGUGCUGUAUUUUGUGGGAUAUGGAUUACCCUCAAUGUUCUUGACAUUUGUUACAUAACCUUAUUCCUUAUUUCUUUUUCCUCACCAUUCUCUCCUGCCUAUUUUUCUCUUCAUUUCUCUUUCAAUAUUGAAGACUGUACCUAAUUAACACACUUCAAGAUUGGCAAUGUAUUGUAGAAAGGCCCUGCAGUUUAGAAUUAAGGUAUGUUUGUUUUUAUGUAUUCUCAUUUGUUAUGAUUAAUUAAUUCUAGUAUAUGAUACCUUGACAAAUAAGAGCAUGAUAAGUAUUUUCUGGAAAAAAAAAACUAUUGGUACAUAUAAAAUUGCCAUUGGUAAUUGUUGUUUAAAAUCACAUAUAAAUUAUUUAGAAACACAGUUGGGAAUUGUGUUUUUGCAUAUGUCACCAGAAACACAUUAGGCAGUACUUGUAAAUGUCUAUUCUUUAAACAAUACUGUGGUGAUGGCAAUCAGUAAUUUAUUUCUUUGUCCUGUAACUUACCACUUUUGUCUUUUUGUAACAUUUAUGGUAUUCACAAAAUUGUACCUUAUGAUUGUUCUCAAUAUCCAUAAAUUUUAUGAUGGAAAUUUAUUCAGUUCAAAGUUAAUGUCAUUUUGUGUAUGGACAGACUGUCCAUUAAACUAAAAUUUAGUAAAGGAAGGUAGCAAAACUGGCUUGGUUUUAUUAAAAGAUGUUUUGUUUGGUAGUUAUAAGCAAUUAUCUUCAAACAGAAGAAUAACUGGACUAAUUUGUUGCCGUUCAUUAUGGGAUGUUUACAAUAAAAUUCCAAGUUGUUUGGAAUCAAUUGCACUCUUGUUGCUUUAUCCCUUAAAUUAUUAUUAGAGAUAAAUUAACAAGAAACAAGAAAGGCAGAAUUACUUUUCCAUUAGUCAGCUUCUAAGAUUGUAAUAUAUAGUUAACUCCUAGAUAUUUCUCUUUUUAUAGAAUAAUUUAUUAUUACGUUUUUAAUAUGAGAAACUAGAACGUUUCUUCCUGUCUAAGAAAAUAUAAGACUUUCCCCGUAGUUAUUGCCAGCAUUCUUCUGGUCACUUUUUAGGUAAUAAAUAUGAUGUUAACAAUUUUCUCAUCCCUUUCCUUUGUCAUUACUAUGAUAUAGUGUAACAUGCGAAACACUUGGUUGACAUACUUGUACUUUGUGAUGUUCACAUACACACUUGUUUGCAGUUAGUUUCAUUCUUGUGGCCCUGAAGAUUGCAAUCGCAGUGCCACUAAUGUAAAAAUCUCUCCCAGGGCCAGCCGGGGCAGGCCCCGAUGGCUCUCCCCGUGGCUGCCCAUGAUUGGGGUGGUCCCAGGCCACUCACCCAGUUGCCAUUUAAAACACAUUCUCUCCAAGCACCUGUUCCGGUCUCUCUGAGCUCCCCGUUUUAGUCUCAGACUGCCUCUCAUUUCCUGCUCCUCUGGUCUCUCCCGCCCUUAUCUCUGUGCUCCAUCUCGCAGUCUGGGCUCUCUCUUGCUCUCCUCGCUGGAUUCUGACUCUGACUCUGACCUCUGGAUUCUGACUCUGACCACUUGUCUUCCAACGACUCCCUCACUCUCUCUUCCAACUCUCUCAUCUCUCUCCCCCAGCACUCUUCCUUCCUAGCCCCUCAUUCCUCUAUCCCGGCUCUCUGGUUCUGCUUCUCUCCCACUCAUCUCUCCACCCCAACUUGUCUCUCUGCACCCAGUCUGGUAGCAAAAUCAACAUAAGAAAGCCCUUCCUGGGGCAACCAGGUUCCAAGGAAACACCACCUAGAGGUAUAAGAAAGCCCUUCCUGACUGCUCUGGGCAAAAUACCUCUUAAGGUGUUUUUAUCCUUUCCUCAGUCCAAAAAAUCAGUCAACAUCUUAAUACUAGUUAUUUUUGUAUGGAAAUAGUAAGAGAUAUAUUGAGUCUUGUAGGGCAGCUCUCCUGGGAACAUCUUGCCACAGAUUCAGACUACAGAGCUUAGACCAGAUUAAUCAUUUCUAACCCUAUCAGGGUCCGAAUCUAAUCAUUACUUUUUGGAUCAUGACAGCAUUUGUCCACAGCCAAGCUCUUAACUUAUAGUUAAGCAUUAGGCACUUUGGCCAGGCCCAUCUCGAUGCCAGGGUAGCACACAACUCACCACUUGAUCAGGGUCCAUUCUGUCCCUCAUCAGGACCCUGCCUUUGGGGGUGCUAGGAAGUAAGGGCAUUUAGACUUAGGUCUAGAGAACAGAUGCCCAGGAGGAAAAUAUGUAGAGUCAAAUGACUUUCAGGUUAAAAAGCAUAGCAUUUACUACUCUCUUCCUGUGCCCAUGUAAAAGGGCAUUGCUUUAAAUAAACUAUACAAAGGACUUAAGGGGAAGAGAAAAACAAUAUUUACAAGUCAACAGAGCACAAAGAAAGAAGUUACAAAUAAACACAGAGGAAAGGGAGGGAGCACUGUGAUGGGAACAAUCCAAUAAAUCUAAGCUACCUCUUGCAAUGUUAUCCUACACCCUAUGAUCACACUUGGCAUAUGGGACAGUGCCAGAGAUCAAAGCUGGCAUCUCAGGAAUGCAGGUCAGAUGUUCUGCCACUGAGAUUAUCUCCUGCUCCUGCUGUUUAAUAUUUUAAAUGUGGGCUUCUUGGUGCCUGCAAAUAGAGCAUUGUUUUAUAGUAUUUAAUGAAUAAAUUUCUGAUAUCUCUAUGGCUUAUAAGUAUUCACAGCUGAAUUAUUAACUCCUCACAUUUUUCCCAGAAAGGUUACUUUGUAGAUAGUAAAAAUAGUACUUUUAGUGUAGGAAGUGAAAGAAGGAAGGAGAGACCUGAGAUGAAAGAUCAAAAACUAAGAAUUAAAAUUUCCAACCUGGUUAUAUGCCUGGUAUAUGAUUAUUCAGAAUUUUAUCCCAACUGCAAGAGUUCCAUUUCAUUCAAGGUAAUAAAGUUGCUGAGAUUGUAUUUUGUCUUUUACUUAUACAGUCUUUUAAUACCAUAUAGUCUUUAGAGCAUACUCCCCUUACUUGUAUGGUAUUUUAGUAUCACUGUCAUCCCAUUGCUCAUCCAUUUGCUCGAGCGGGCACCAAUAAUGUCUCCAUUGUAAGACUUGUUGUUACUGUUUUUGGCAUAUCGAAUACGCCACGGGUAGCUUGCCAGGCUCUGCUGUGCAGGAGAGAUACUCUUGGUAGCUUGCCCGGCUCUCCGAGAGGGGCAGAGGAAUCGAACCCAGGUCGGCCACAUGCAAGGCAAACAGCUACCCACUGUGCUAUUGCUCCAGCUCAUGGUGUUUUAGUAUCAUAUUAAAAAUCAAGAAAUGAAGUAUUUAGAAAAUCCACCUGUAUCUUUCAGAAGUAUAGCAUUUGUCUGUGAAAGCCCAAAUAUUCACAGUAUUUCUAGAUUAAAGCACAUUAUUGAAUGUUAUUGAUUGGUUAAAGAUAACUCCUUUAUAACCCCUUUGUCAGUAUGUUGAAUUUAAAUUAUUAGCAGGCUUUAAUGUUUUCUGACUCAUAGGGGUUUUUUAAUAGAAAAAAUAAAGAAUUUUAGUAACAAAUUAUGAUCAUUUUCUCUAAAUAGGUCAAGAACAACGUGCCCCCUACCCUUUGUCAGUUGCAUGCCCCUGAGAGCUUUAAGCUGUUUGCCCAAAAUGCACAAAAUAAUUUAAACCUGCAUGUUGAGGCUAUAAGUUGAUGGAGGGAUUUUUUUUCGCUUAUGGACAUAGUUUUCUUUUCAAAUUUUAGUUACUGUGGUUUACAAAACUGAUUAAUAGUUGAGUUUCAUGCAUAAAACAUUGCAGCCCCUCACCCUCAGGCAGAGUGUUCACUUCUACUUUUGUCCUAGUGCCUCCCGUUGUAUUCCCCUACCCCAGUCUUUAAUGCAUAUAUUUUAAGGGUUAUGGCACUGAAAUAUUUUAAUUUUGGUGUGCCAAUAAUUGAAGUCAAUGCUUAAUACAUGGAGAUAUAUUUUAUACUAUGGGACCACGUUUCCAUUCCUUGCACUCAAAAGGUUGAAUAAAAUAGGCUGACUUUAAAAUUUUAAGAUUUCCAGUCAUUUUAUAUAAAGGCUUUAAUAUUUCAGUGUCUUUAAUUUUUAAUUUUAAAAACUUUUAUUGUAGUUCAGGUAACAUGGUUACAAAAGUGUUAAGAUUUGGGGCUGGAGCGGUACUACAGAGAGUAGAGUGCUUGCCUUGCAUGCUGCUGUCCUUGGUUCAGUCCUUAUCAUGCCAUAUGUCCCCACUUGAACUACCAGGAGUAACCUCUGAGCAUCACUGGGUAUGACUUAAAAAGCAAAAAGAAAUUGUUAAAGGGUUAACAUUUAUGGGUUUGCUAUAUACAGUUGCUACAACCAUUUGCCCCAAGUUCCAGACUCUCUACCACUGUCCCUAUGUCACUUCCACGCUGCCUCUUCCUUCUGCUCCUCCUCCCUUUUAUCCAACUCCAGCAAAGUCAGUUUUUUAAUCAGAGGUCCAUGGUUUGUCAUCAUUUGAUACGGACCAUUCCCGUGCUUCUCUUUUGCCACAUAUGCCAGCUGAAUAAAAUCAUCCAUUCUCCCUCCAACUUGUUUCACUUAAUUUCAUGCCCUUCAGUUCCAUCCCAGUUGCAGCAAAUUGCAAGACUUCAUAUUUCCUUACUGCUACAUAAUAUUUAAUUUUGUGUACAUAGCACAAUUACUUUCUAUGGGCAGGAGUGGGGGGACACCCAGGAAUGUUCAUUGCUUAACUUUGGCUCUGCACUCAGGGAUUGCUCUUAGUCGGGCUCUGGGAAACGAUAGAAAGUUCUAGGGAUUGUACUCGGGUUGGCCACAUCCAGUGCAAGUGUCUUAACCCUCGUACUGUGUCUCUAGCCCAUAUACAACUUCUUUAUCUACUCAUCUAUCAUUGAACAUUUGGGUUGUUUCCAUAUCCUGGCUGUUGUACUCAGUGCUGUAUUAAGCAUAGGUGUACACAUAUAUUUUCAAGUUAAGUUUUUUUGUGCUUUCGGUAGUAGAUGCCAAGAAGUGGAAUUUGGGAGUCAUAUGGGUGCUUCAUUCUACUUCUUUCAAGAAACUUUCAUACUGUUUUUCAUAAGGGCUGAAACAGGUCACAUUCCCACUAACAAUGAAUGAGAGUUCCUUACCUAAUGUCUUUAACUCCUGUUAUUUGUAUUGAAAAGUCAGAUAUAUAUGUGUUUCUUUAAAGCUAAAUUUUGAUGACUUUUACUUUUCAGUUUUCAGUUAAACUAUUUUAUAUGGAUAUUUUGAUCUUACAUUAAUUUACAACACUAUAAAAUACUGUAUGAGUCUUACACUUCUGUGUCUAUGUAAGAAACCUCAUGGCCACCGUCAAAGUUCAUGUCCUCACAUGAAAAUGAUCUCCUUUAAUUAAUCUCUUCCUUCUGAGAGGGUUUUAUGCUAUGUACAACUUAAAAUAUCAUGACAUUAAACUGAAUAAUUUAUCAUAGUACUUCUGUAAGUUUGUGAGAAACAUUUUUUUGUAUCUCUUUUUGGUGCUAGCGACUAAACCCAAGGCUUCACACAUGCAUGGCAAGUGCUUCACUGCUGAGCUUCAUCAUUCAUCCUUUUCUUUGUAAUUUAGAUAUUCUCCUUUAUAAGCUGAGACAGUUCCAUUAAUGAUGACUUCUCAACUGCAGAGUAAAAGCAUUUAAAAAUUUUAACUAAGUUAUUAUUACAACUUAAGGCUUUGAUAUUGGAGAAUUUUGAAAAGAACUUUCUGAAGCCAGUAUCCUUUUUCUUAUUGGUACAUAAAUUUUGAAUUGUCUACUUGUCUGCUCAGCAUCUAUUUAAUUUUAUCUUUUCUAGUAGAAUAUGAAAAAAGAAAUCAUUUCAGAUUGACUUAAGUAACUAAUAUUAGUGGAAUUUAUUCAUUUUCAGGGCCAUUUUAUUAUUAGUUUCUGUCAUGCUAUAAUCUAGAUAGAAUUUGAAUAAAAAUAUGUUAAUAUAUAUUUAGAAUGUGCAUACUCCAUAAGUAAUUUAAGGAAGGAAACCUAUAUUACUAUUUAUAAUAAUGUUAAAGUGAAAUGUGCAGUCCCUUUUAUAUGAGAUCAUUUUUAGAGGGAAUAUUUUGUUACACUUGGCUGUUGUUCAUUUAAAAUAUUAGUGAAGUGAUGAUGAUUUUGAAUUGUUUCUGUUAUGUUUGUAAAUUAAAACAUACCUUUUAUAACUUUGACCCUAUCAAGCAGAAUAUAUGCUUCUGAUGUUCUCUUAGUCAUAUUAUCAAGUGAUUUUAUUGGGGAUUGGUGUUCAUUUUUGUUGUAAUUCUGGUUAGAGCCAGGAUAAAGGAAAAUAGUUAUUAAAGUAAAAUAACUGCUCCAGUUUAUGAGCAAUACUCAUUUGUUUUUCAUACAUCUCACAAAUAUCCUAUUAAUGUGU